CCAACGCCCGGGCGGAGAAGCUGAGUGUAUGGCUCAGUAUUACAUUAAGUGCUUUGAGAGGGGAACACAGAAGUAAGCCUAGUUCUUUCCCCAAAAUAAAUGUCAACACCAAAUUUGAAAUAUUUAAGCUAUUUCCACAAUGCAGACAAUUAAGUGCGUUGUUGUGGGCGAUGGUGCUGUUGGUAAAACGUGUCUCCUGAUAUCCUAUACAACAAACAAAUUUCCAUCUGAAUAUGUACCAACCGUUUUUGACAACUAUGCAGUCACAGUUAUGAUUGGUGGAGAGCCAUAUACUCUUGGGCUUUUUGAUACUGCAGGGCAAGAAGAUUAUGACAGAUUACGACCUUUGAGUUAUCCACAAACAGAUGUAUUUCUAGUCUGUUUUUCAGUGGUCUCUCCAUCCUCAUUUGAAAAUGUGAAAGAAAAGUGGGUGCCUGAGAUAACUCACCACUGUCCAAAGACUCCUUUCUUGCUUGUUGGGACCCAAAUUGAUCUCAGAGAUGACCCCUCUACUAUUGAGAAACUUGCCAAGAACAAACAGAAACCUAUCACUCCAGAGACUGCUGAAAAGUUGGCCCGUGACCUGAAGGCUGUCAAGUAUGUGGAGUGUUCUGCACUCACACAGAAAGGCCUAAAGAAUGUGUUUGAUGAAGCAAUAUUGGCUGCCCUGGAGCCUCCAGAACCGAAGAAGAGCCGCAGGUGUGUGCUGCUAUGAACAUCUCUCCAGAUCCUUUCUGCACAGCUGGUGUCGGCAUCAUACUAAAAGCAAUGUUUAAAUCAAACUAAAGAUUAAAAAUUAAAAUUCGUUUCUGCAAUAAUGACAAAUGCCCUGCACCUACCCACAUGUACUUGUGUGAGACAAGGCCGAUAGGUAUGCCCCCACCCCUCCCAGGACUAGUUAAUUUUGAGUAAUUGUGAUUGUCAGAAAAGUGAUCAGUACUAGUUUUUGUUUUAUUGUUUCAAAAAACUUUUUUUUGGUUGUUUAAAAGUAAGGCAUGCUUGUGAUGACUCUGUAACGACUAAUUUGAAUUGUUGAAGCUGCUCCCUGGUUCCACUUGAGAGUAAUCUGGGACAUCUUAGUAUUUUUUGUUUUUUUCCUUUUUUUGGGCGGGGGGAGUGUGUGUGGGGGUUUGUUUUUUAGUUUUGUUUUUUAAAAACUCAUUAACCAGUGGUCAGCCCUUAGGGGAGGAGGACGGAUUGAUUCCACAUUCCACUUCCUAGAUCUAGUUUAGAAAAAUGUGUUCCCCACCUGGUGCUCUUAGGAAGGAGUAUAGUAAAUGCCUCAUUUAAUAACAUACUCCUUUUUGAAAGUUGCCUUUUUUUCUCUCUCCACCCUUGAGUAGAUCCAGUAUUUGAUGAAACUCAUGAAAGUGGGUGGAAGCUGUCUUGCCCCUCCUCUUUUCUAGGAUGCACUCUGUAUGUGACUGUGACUUUCAAGGAAAUUUGUUUGCCACUUGCUGUUUUUUUUUUUUUUUGGAAGUUAAUUUUAACUUCUUUCACUGAUAAAUGAAGAAAAGUAUUGCACCUUUUGAAAUACACCAAAUGGAUUGAGUUUGUAAUUAAAAAAAAUUUUUCCCCCUGUCAGUCAUUGUCUUAUAUGCUUAGCAUAGAUUUGCAAUUGAGUAGUGUUUGGUGUUCCUAGAUCCCAGCAGAAGACCUGACGCAGAGGAAAUAUGAGGGGUGGUGCUACAAGACAGAUACGUGUGGGGUAAUUGUCAUCCUCUUUCAGGUUGUGAGGAUGCGGGCCUGCUUCAUUAAGAAGCUACGGGGUGGGCAGGGGUGGGGAGAACACUUAGCCAACAUGGGGACCAGCUAGGAGAAUCCCCUUACUUCUGUUUUCCGUAUGAGGAACCCUAUAGCAACUGGUUGAGGCUCUUUAGUUUAAUAAAAAUCAUGCAAGGAGUCUUAUGAAGACUCUUAGUAAGUGUUAAUAGGGACUUUAUCAGCUUAUUUUUGUUGCAGUUUCCAGUUUUUAAUGUUUAGGUUAUUUUUUCACCUUCCCAAAAUCCUAAUUCUUAUAGAUUUCAUUAGUGUUGAACCAAUGCUUUCUCAUGUCUCAAUCUUUGUAUAUGCAUUCUUUUCAGAUGUAUUAAACAAACAAAAACCCUUCACAA